AUGGGCCAAGGUCUAAGCUUCAAAAAAUGUGAUUUCAAGAUCCCAAUGAACAACAGUAACCACCACACUGAAGAAAUCAGCACUGAAAGGCUUAUGGUGAGACGGGGGCAGCCAUUCACCAUCACUGUGAGAUUCUCAGCUCCAAUACACAACUACCUGCAGCAGAUGAAGAAGACCUUCCUCAUUGUACAGACAGGAUCACAUCCUUGCAAAGCAGAUGGAACCCAGACUGAAUUUCCCAUCUCCAGCCUGGGAGACCAGAAGCAGUGGAGUGCAACACUGGAAGAACAGGACCUGUGCUCCUGGACCCUCACUGUGAACACACCUGCCAAUGCUCCCAUUGGCCAUUACACUCUGCAUUUACGUGUCCCCAAAUCUUCCUACUUUCUGGGCGAAUUCACCCUACUCUUUAAUCCCUGGUGCCAAGAUGAUGAGGUGUUCUUGCCUAAUGAGGCACAGCGGCAGGAGUAUGUUUUAAACCAAGAAGGUAUCAUCUACUGGGGGACUGAAAAUGCAGUCCUAACACAACCCUGGGACUUUAGUCAGUUUGAGAAGGAUAUUGUUGACAUCUGCUUCAGACUGCUGGAUGUAGGUGAAUACUAUCAACGAGUCAAGGAUCUCACCCAGCGCAAGAAUCCCGUCCACGUCUGCCGCACAGUUGCUGCCAUGCUGAACUGCAAUGAAUUUAAAAGAAUCCUGACAGAAUGUGAGUCUGGGCAGUACUACAAUGGGACACCCCCUUCCAAGUGGCUGGGAAGCAGCCCCAUCCUCCGGCAGUGGCUUGCAUCGCGGUGCCAGCCUGUCCGCUACGGGCAGUGCUGGGUGUUCGCCGCCGUCAUGUGUUCAGUUCUGAGGUGCCUUGGAAUUCCCACCAGGGUGGUCACUGGCUUUACAUGGGCUCACAACACUAACAGCAGCCUGAGUGUGGAUGAGUACUAUGAUGAAAACGGGACACUGCUUACACGGGACAGAAGUGCUCGUGUCUGGACCUUCCACGUUUGGAAUGAAUGCUGGAUGGCUCGAGCAGACCUGAGGCCAGAGUACAGCGGGUGGCAGGCACUGGAUGCCACCUGCCAGGAAAAGAGCACAGGUCCAUCCUUCUGUGGGCCAGCCCCUGUUCACGCCAUCAAGGAAGGGGACACAGAGGUUGAUUAUGAUGUCUGCUACUUCUUUGCUGCCAUCAAUGCCAAGUGUCAGAUCUGGAUACAAAACCCAGGUGACAUCCUCAAACCAGCUCUUGGUGGCACAAAGUACACAGGUAACAACAUCACCACCAAGAGUGUUGGCAGCGAGCGCUGUGAGGACAUCACGCACAACUACAAGUAUCCUGAAGGUUCUCUCCAGGAAAAACAAGUACUUAACAAAGCCUAUGAAAAGAUAAAGAAUCUUGAGACAACCAGCAGAAGCAGCAUAACAGAGUUUAGCUCCAUUCCCACUGCCCUUGAAGAGCCAGUCAACCUUUUCAUCCAGCUCCAGUCAAAUAGUUCUCUGCAACUGGGACAAGAUAUUCCACUUUCCAUUGAAAUAUUUAACCACAGUGGUGAAGAAAAGGCAACUCACCUGGUAGUUGGGGUCCAGUCGCUACAUUAUAAUGGUGUGCCCAUUACUCAAUUUUGGAAGGAAGAGUUUCAUUUUAACCUCAACAGCAAUGAAGUCAACAGGCUGCAGGUCUUUGUGCCUUACUCACUGUACAGAGGAGAGCUGGGAGAGCAUCACCUGUUGAGGCUGACUGCUGUGCUUAGAGACAAGGACUCCUACACAUACUUCGCACAGGAAGAGAUCAGCAUUUGUGAUCCCCCUCUCACUAUUGAGUUUCCAGAAAACAUAGUACAGUAUCAACCAAGCACCACAAAGAUCAGCCUCCUGAACCCUCUCACCGAACCCCUGGAGAAGUGUGUGGUGGCAGUUGCAGGGCGAGGGCUCAUUCACAGACAAAGGAAGUAUAGGUUGGGCUCUGUGGAAGCUAAAAGCACCCAACAGCUGCAAAUCCCAUUCACCCCCAUUCAAGCAGGGCCCAGAAGACUCACUGCAUGUCUUAACUGCCCUCAACUCCAGAACUUGAAGAGCUACAGAACUAUCAACAUUGCAGCUGCCUGA